AUGCUGCCCUUGACGCAGAAGGAUACAAAAAUUUCGAGAGGGCCAAUUAGCGGAAUCCGGGAAAAAAUUAGUAACUGGUUUAGACUAAUUUAUUCUGAUCAAAAUUCCCGAAAUUUAUUUCUCUUCCUUAUAUUAAACUUGUCCUUUGCUUUUGUUGAGCUGUUCUAUGGUGUAUGGACAAAUAGCUUGGGUUUAAUAUCUGAUGCAUUCCAUAUGUUCUUUGACUGUACUGGAUUAGUUGCUGGCUUGGCAGCAUCACUAAUUUCUAAAUGGCGAUCAAAUGAAAGAUUUUCAUAUGGCUAUGCCAGAGCGGAGGUUCUUGCUGGUUUUGUAAAUGGACUUUUUCUGUUAUUUAUUGCAUUCUUCAUCAUGAGUGAGGCUGUUGAAAGAGCAAUUGAACCACCAGAGGUGAAACAUGAAAGAUUACUGUUAGUAUCCAUUCUUGGAUUCAUGGUAAAUAUGGUCGGUAUUUAUGCCUUCCAUCACGGUCAUGGACACGGCCAUGGCGGCCACGGUCACUCACAUGGUGGGCAUGGUCACUCGCACAAUCAUGGCCACUCUCAUGAUGAUACUGAAGCGCCGACCGGUGCUGGAUCAGCCAUCAUGCGUGGAGUGUUUCUCCACGUCCUUGCGGAUACGUUGGGAUCAGUGGGAGUGAUUAUUUCAGCGAUUUUAAUGCGUAUGUUUGGUUGGAUGCGUGCUGACCCAAUAUGCUCGAUGGCUAUAGCAUUGUUAAUUGCCGCGAGUGUGAUACCGUUAAUAAAAGAUUCAGCGGGAGUGUUGAUGCAACGGACGCCUUUAUCGAUUGAGCGAUCUUUACCUAAUUUGUUUACGCGUGUGGUUGGCUUAGCCGGUGUGCAUGCAGUUCAGGAACCUCAUUUUUGGACUCUCUGUAGUGACGUUCACGUGGGUGCUAUAAAAUUAGAAGUCGCCAGGGAGGUAGACCCUCGAUAUAUCACUGAUCAAGCGGCCCGAAUUUUCCGAGACGCCGGCGUGAAACAUUUAACAGUACAAUUGGAUUAUUCCCCGCUUUGA